AUGUCCUUCAAGCGUGCCACUCGAUCACUGCGCAAACGCCUUCUCGGCUCAAAGGCUUUCCUCCCUGCUCACACCGCAGCUGCUUCGUUUCGAUAUUCAAUACCACGGUCCACGGCGUUCCAUUCGCACUCCCACGGCAAACUUAAGCACCAAGCCCAACCUGCGGCCCUUGGUACAGUUGCCGUGCGUGGCAAUGGGCUCACCCCAGGGAUAGAGUCCUACGCUGCCAUGAUGGAGGGCGAUGGCUGUUCAAGAGCCGGGAAGCAUAUUGGCUCUUUCUACCAGCAAUGGGAACGCGGCAGCUUCAUGAUCAGAAAGAGCAAGAUGAUGUAA